AAGUCGGCAGCUCCAUAUGGUGUCGGAUGGCCCGUCAAGCAAUGUCAAAGCCCAAACCUAAUUGACUGUGUCUUUAAAACUCGCACAAACCCAACCCUAAGCCUAGCAUUGCUUCGCAUCAAGCGGCACAGAGCAGCCAGUAGCGGACAUUUCCUCAGUCAAAUCAAAAGAUGUCGGUCGCAGAGCUUGCUUGCACUUACGCUUGUUUGGCCCUCCAUGAUGAUGGUAUCGCCAUCACUGCAGAGAAGAUUGCACAGUUGGUGAAAGCAUCUAAUAUUACCGUUGAAUCUUACUGGCCUAGUUUGUUUGCCAAACUCGCCCAGAAGCGUAGCAUUGAUGAGCUUGUUCUGAAUGUGGGUGCUGGUGGUGGUGGUGCUCCAGCUGCUGUUGCCACCCCUGCUGGAGGUGCUGGUGGGGCUGCUGCCACUGCUCCUCCACCAGAGGAGAAGAAGGAGGAGCCCAAGGAAGAGAGUGAUGAUGAUAUGGGAUUCAGUUUGUUUGAUUAGGAGCUCCUUUCAGUAUGUUUUGGUCAUCAUCCUAAAUAUAAUUUACAUUCAGAUGUUUUAGUUUUUUUUGGUUUUUGGUUUAAUGUAUGGAUAAUUGUGAGCAAACUAAUUUUGACGAUUAAUUUGGAUUUUGAUUAUUGUGUUUGA